CUGCCCGCAGGCACCCAGAUGCCGAGAGCCGCGAGCAGGCGCCCCGGGCCGCCCCCUGGAGAGAUGACCGCCGCGUCCCAGAUAGUGCUGCUGCUGCUGCUCGCCUGCAGCGCGGGCGCCUGUCAAGGUGCACCAAUAUUAUCUCAAGGAUUACGGCCUGAACAAGAGCUACAGUUAUGGAAUGAGAUAGAUGAUGCUUGUUCAUCCUUCCUGUCUAUUGAUUAUCAGCCUCAGGCAUCCAGUGCACUGGAGGAGCUUUGCCUCACAAUUAUGGGGAUUCUACCAAAGCCCCAGGAAACAGAUGAAAAAGAUGAUACCAAAAGGUUCUUAUUUCAUUAUUCAAAGACACAGAAGUUGGGCAAUUCAAAUGUUGUGUCGUCGUCUGUUGUGCAUCCGCUGCUGCACCUCGUUCCUCAACUGCAUGAGAGAAGAAUGAAGAGGUUCAAAGUGGACGAAGAAAUCCAAGUUCCUCCUGCAAGUAAACGUCAAAGAAUGUUUGCAUUCAGGCCACGCAAUGGGAGAAGGUCAGAAGAUUACAUUUAAAAUGGUGUGAGAAGAAACAAAGCAAGCAAACAAACAACAAAACAAAAACAAACCCUUAGAAUGACGACAGAUGUUGGUUAUCAGAGGAGAAGGGGGCAUGGGUGGGAGUACUGGGCGGGGAGGGUCAAUUGGAUAGUGGUAGAUUAAAACUAGAUCUUAAGGGGUGAACAUGAUAUGUUAAAUACAUUUGUGAAACUGUACUCCUGAAAUUUAUAUGGUGUUGUAAAUCAAUCUUACCUCAAUAAAAUAAAGUGGUAUGUGCUUCAAAAUUCAAUUCAGUUUGAAAUUUUCUGUCAUUUUCAGAUAUUCACAAAUUAAACUAUGCUCAGUAUAUUUAUAUUAUUUGACUGAAGGUCACUAAU